GGGACCAUUAGAAGCGCCGGCGCAGUGCGCACACUCGGAAACACGUCGUACGCGUGAACGGUUGUAGUAAAUAAAACUCACGUAAACAAAUAACGCUCACCUAUAUUUGACACACAAACUUGGACAAUUUGGUGGAUAUGGCGAACAGCUAUAACAUGAAGGAGUUCAGCUCCACAGCAGUCAUCACAGAAAAUGGCGUGUUCCCGUCUACAAUAUCUAUCAGCACAAUUAACACGAAAUGUAAAGAAGAUGAAAUGGAAAAGGAAUACGACCCCUUUCAAAGCAGGGAACUUGAACAUCCUAAUUCAGACGUGCGGUCAUUUGCAAAUCUUUUAAAAUCGUCUCUGGGAUCAGGUAUCCUUGCGAUGCCUGCUGCAUUUAAAAACGCUGGAACAAUCGUCGGCAUAUUCGGCACCAUUAUCUUGGGAUACAUCUGCACUCACUGCGUAUAUUUGUUGGUUAAGACUUCACAAGAUGUAUGUAGAGUGUCAAAAGUCCCAUCACUCGGUUACGCUGAAACCGUUGAAGCGGUGUUCGCCACCGGCCCACGCUCCUUACGGAAAUUAUCUAGAUUUAUGAGGAUAUUUAUAGAUUGGGCGAUGGCACUCACGAUUCUUGGCGCCUGUGCAGUGUAUGUCAUCCUGCUCGUGGAAUCCGUGGAGCAGAUCGUCAAUCACUUUUAUGAAAAAAACAAACUCAAUACGACUUUGUACUGCUUAAUGUUUCUGGCUCCGAUACUUGUAUUUACUCAAAUUAAGAAUUUGAAGUAUAUAGCGCCAUUUUCUGGAUUCGCCAACAUCUUACUAGUCCUUACGUUCCUCAUCUGCUUGUACUACAUUUGCAAUGAGUUCCCCAGUUUUGAUUCAAGGCCGAUGGCAGUACCGGUCGGCAGGUUGCCACUAUUUAUCGGUACAGUUAUAUUCGCAAUGGAAGGAAUCGGCGUCGUCCUACCCGUGGAGAACACCAUGGCUAAGCCCCAACACUUCCUGGGCUGUCCCGGAGUAUUGAAUAUUACGAUGACGAUCGUAGUCCUUUUAUACAUGGUCAUGGGCAUUUUGGGAUACUUGAAAUACGGUGAUAUUGCUGAAGGAAGUAUCACAUUAAACUUACCCACGGCGGAAAUACCAGCGCUGAUGGCUAAGGUUUUCAUAGUCCUCGCGAUAUUCUUCACAUAUAUUCUACAGUUUUACGUUCCGAUGGAAAUAGUUUGGCGCAACACGAAGGAACGUGUUCCGCGCAAAUACCACAACAUUGCGCAGUCCAUCAUGAGAGCUUUCUUCGCGAUACUCACUGUGAUAGCUGCAGCCUCAUUACCAAAAUUAGAGCAAGUGAUCGGUCUAGAGGGAGCUUUCUUCUAUUCUUUCCUUGGACUAAUCGCUCCUUCUGUAAUGGACCUUAUCUUUUGCUGGGACAGAGGUCUAGGCAGGUUUAAAUAUAUUCUUAUUAAGGACACCAUACUUAUCAUCUUUGGAACGUUUGUCCUCGUGACUGGAGUUAUGCAAAGUAUCAGAGAAAUUAUCAGGACUAACUAGUGACGGCGGAAGUGUUUAUAAUUAACGUAGUGACUUGUAGCGUACUUAAUUUAUAAAAUGUUUGUACAUAAUUGGACAAUAAAUAGUUUUAUUGCA